AUGUCUUCAAUCACCAUUGACAAUAUCAUUCAAGCCAGCGAGCGUAUUCAAGUCCAUAGAACCCCUGUUCAAACAUGCACAGCUUUGGAUGACCUCGCUUCAGAACCAGAUGCACCUGUGGAACUCUUUUUCAAGUGCGAAUUGCUACAAAAAACGGGAUCAUUCAAAUUUAGAGGUGCAAGCAAUGCUGUCGCACUCUUGAGCGACCAAGAGGCAGCUAAUGGUGUUGUAACACAUUCUAGUGGCAAUCAUGCACAGGCUUUGGCUUUGGCAGCUAGAAACCGAGGCAUUCCUGCUUACAUUGUUAUGCCAACAACCACACCAGACAUCAAAAAGGCAGCAGUACUUGGCUUUGGAGCCAACAUCAUCGAAUGCCAGCCUAUUCAGGCUGUGCGCGAGAAAACUGCCGAGGAAGUCAGAUUAAAGACAAACGCUACCUUGAUUCACCCUUUCAACAACCCAAAUGUCAUUGCUGGUCAAGGUACAAUCGCUCUCGAAUUGCUUUCUCAAGUGAAAGAUCUCGAUGCUAUUCUUAUUCCUGUAGGCGGUGGUGGGAUGCUUACCGGCAUGUCUAUUGCUGCCAAAGCAUUGAAGCCAGGUAUUAAAGUGUUUGCUGCUGAACCAGCCGCUGUGGAUGACACUUAUCGAUCGUUUACUAAUAAGGAGCGUGCCACAAACGAGAUAGCCAAGUCCGUGGCUGACGGCUUGUUGACGAACCUUGGUGAUAUUGCCUUCUCUGAGAUACACAAGAAUGUAGAUGGCGUCUAUACCGUUUCAGAAAAGGAGAUUAUUCGUGCAAUGGAGCUGGUUUGGGGUCGAAUGAAGCUUUGCAUUGAAGCCAGUGCAGCUGUUGGUGUAGCCGUUGCUUUGUACAAUCAGGACUUUAAAGAGAUUGUGAAGAAGGAGAGCAUCCAAAGAAUUGGUGUUGUACUUUGUGGUGGCAAUGUUGAUUUAGUAAAGGCUACAGAGCUUUUCCAAAAGUACAGAGAAUAA